CGAUAUCGAGAUGAAGUCAUGGCAAAGGUAUCCAUGCCAUGUAUUUAAAGCCAGCCUGCUUGUCUCUGGAAAGGCCGCCAUGACAUCUAUUGAGCACCGGCAUCUUUACAUCACUACUUAAGAUGCAUGUUUCAAACUCCUACAACUUCGUCGCCAGUCUUUCAGUGCUCACUGCCUUUGCAAACGCGGCAGUGCUUCCAUCUCCCGGCCAUGUCCUCUCUAGCCCGGCUCCCCGAGCUUUGGGUGACAAUGUCCUCGUAAAUGGUGGAUUUGAAGCUUCGGGUGCUUGGACAGGCAGUUCUCGAGCUGGCUUUCCGCAGGGCUAUCUGACGGGUUCCAUUUCUGCCACCGACUACGCUUUCGAAGGCUCAUCUGCCUACACAAUCUCAACGUCAGGCCCGAAUACCGCCUCGCUUCGUGGCUACUGCGUCAGCCAAACCGUCUCCAAACCAAGGGGCUCCUACAAGUUCUCUGCCUACAUUGGCCGCAUCUCGCACGCAAACACAGCCUCCCCUUACCAGGAGGCUGUGACGGUAGCAGUAGCUAUCAACAACGGCCGUGCUAUUCUUCAGAACAGUAUUUGCGACUCGGACGCAUCGAGAGGCAGACUUUGCCCUAUUAAAGCAGACAAUGGCGUGCCUACAUAUGACUAUGUCGAGACAAGGUUUACGACCACAGUAGACCAGAUCAAGGUGGACAUCUGUACUACAUGGACGAGUUCAGUUACGGAUGGAUCUCGCAUGUCUGACGAGGUGUUGUUGGACAAAGUACAGGUUGUUGCUGCAUAAUCCGAAAGAAGACAUUAAAUUGUGGGAGUUGGUGUAGAAAUGCGCAUAAGACGGGCUGUGGAUCUGUGGCGGUUAUGCAACUAGACCGUGGCCAGAAAUUAAUCCAGUAAUAUAUGAGCCCAAUCGAGUCACCCCUGUUUGGCCCACUCGUGCCAAUGGAGGCGACGGGGCGGAGUUUGGCGGCUCAAAAGGCGCAAACUGCUCCGUUCAGCACGGUUCGGCCGUGCCAAGAAUAGACCCCAUAAUCG